GGCGGAGGCGGGCCCGGGCGGGGCGCAGGAGCCGGCCCGUUCCAAACCCGCCCCCCGCCGCGGGGAGGAGGCGGUGGCCGAGCUCCCCCGUCUCGGCCUCCCCGUGCCGUGCCGAGCCGCGCCGUGCCGUGCCAGAGCUGAACCGAGCCAGAGCGAGCCGUGCCGGUCUGAACCCAAGCGUGCCGUGCCGAGCCGAGCCUUCUCAUGGCGGCCCCCGGUCCCACGCGUGUCCCGGUCCCGGCACGGAGCCGCCGCUGAGCGCUGUGCUCCGGCUCGGCGUCCAGAGUUUCAAUGUUCUGACUUGCUCUAAGAUGAAGGUAUGGAAGUUUGCAGCCAUUGCAUCGAUGCUCCUCAGUUCCAUGUUAUCCAUUUUAGUUUGUAGAGACAUGUUCAACGGAAGCCGGACAUACAGCCCCUUGCCUUCCUCGCUGUCCUCACGGGCAUCCUCCUCUUCACUGCCGGCAGCUCUGCGGAGACCCCCUCGGGCCCUGCCACGCCACAGCUCGCUGCUCACCCAGUACGGCAGCUUGUUCGAGAGCUACACAGAGGGGGAGAUCCGGCAGCUCAUCUCAGCACUGGUGGAGCGCUACAGCCAGGCCAUGAACUCAGGCGGCCACGAGCUGCCGCUCUUCCCCAAGGCGGGCAACCGCAUGAAGCGCGCACGAGCUCGCCACAAACCCUGUGCCCUGAAGGAGCUGGAGGUAAGCGUCAGCGAGCUGGGCCUGGGUUAUGAGUCAGACGAGACAGUGCUGUUCCGCUACUGCAGCGGCACCUGUGACGCAGCUGUCAGGAACUAUGACCUCUCACUGAAGAGUGUACGCAGCAAGAGGAGGAUCAGGAAGGAGAAGGUCCGGGCUCGGCCCUGCUGCCGGCCGCUUUCCUAUGAUGACGAUGUCUCCUUCUUGGAUGCCUACAACCGCUACUACACUGUCAACGAGCUCUCGGCCAAGGAGUGUGGCUGCGUGUGAAGGGCCGGGGUGGCCAGGCGGAGGCGAUGCCCCAGAACCGCUGGCAGCAAGGCCAAGGGGUCACGGUCUGCUGUGAGGAUGGGGACGGGCCCUGCACCGCUGCCUGCCCCAGUGACCCUCCCCAUUUGGGGCAGUGGGGGCUGUGGGAGGAGAAGAGACUGCGAUGCUCGUUUAUCCCCAAGCGCUGCUUCCUGGCUCACAUACACAUGUGACGUGACUGUACAGGACUGUAGAGGAAGCUGUAAGUGCCAUCGGAGGCUGCAGUCGUUGAGGGGUGGUCUGGGGGUGCCAGUGGGUGUGCAACACAUGAGCAGGGUGUGCUGUGGGCGCAGGGCACUUUGCACGCUUGGGGUGCAUGCAUAUGGGGUGUGUUGAACGCAGCGUGUCACACAUAUGGGACACAUCACAAGCUGAAGGGGGGAUGCAAGGCAGGUGUGAACUGCACAGAGGUGAUGAGUCCAGGUGCGUGGGGUGGUAGGAGCAAGAGGCUGCACUGCAGGGCUGUGCAGGUGGUGCCAUGGUGCUGGACACGAUGUGCUAGAUGCAUAGUGCGUGUUAUGGGCAUGGGGAGUGUUAAACAGCUGCGGGUGCCCUCAGGGGGGUGCUGAGCCCCAUGGGCUGAAGCUGCCCUGUGUGUGGGGUUUCCUGGUUUCACUGCAGCCAUACUGGGGUCCCUAUGCUGCACAGGGGUGGUCCCAUGCCCCCAGAUUCCCUGGUGUAGAGCAGAGCUGCACGGACGCUGGUUUGUGCUCUGGGGAAAGGGUCUGGCUCCACUCCCGGUGCCUGCUUUGUGAUCACCUCACGCUCCGCAGCCUGGGCUUGGCUUUCUAAAACUUGGGAUAAUCUGAAGUAACUGGAUUAACCUCUCAACCCCUCUGCAGGCAGUGGGGCUUGAGAUGUGCCACCACCAGGGAGGGGACAAAGCACCACGAGGCCACUGGCAAAGCUGGGUUGGCAGCGUGGCUGGAAGCACCGACGGUUUGGGUUCCCCCGAAAGCCAGACUGGCCCUGCCAGCUGCAGCACGUGUGUAAUUCCCAUUGCCUUGCAGGGCGGUGGGGCUCAAAUUGUGCGCGGGAGAGGGCUCAGGCCUGGGCUUUGGCUACGGUUCGCAUUUACAGCAGUGUCACUCUUGUUUACUCUGCGGAGAAAUAAAUGAGACCGCAGACUUUUGCAUUCUCUGGGCAGGCUAAAUUUGUUGCCUGGGAUUGAUGGGUUUUCUCCCCUUGGCCUUCUUCCCAGAAAAAGCAAAUCAUAAACAGAAGGAGAAUAUUGGUGUCAUGUCCUGGGCAUUAACCACUGCGAGUGAAAACACUCUGCUCGCAGCCCCUAUGGCAGUGGUGGCCUCAUUCCCAGCCCAGCUCUGUGAUGGAGCAGGGAGCAGUUGUGCUGCUACAGGGGCUGUGUGGGAUUUUGGGGUGCAGCCCCGCGGGGGACACAGCAGCCCCUGUCUCCCCCUGACAGGGCAGGCAGUGGGGGGAUGGGGGGCAGCAGCUGCCUGACCCCUGUGCAGGGCCGGGCUGGCUUUGUGCUUUCCAUCCAGCAGCCACUCUUGGCUGAGCGGAGCCAGGAUGUAGCGAUGCAAUGUAAACACCAUCCUUCAGCAGGGCUGGCCGUGCACCCAGCGUCCCCGUGAAAGCAGUCUGCAUUCUGUAACGCUGAGUUUUCCCCCUCACGACUGGGAAAAGGAGACGCUGCCACUGGCAUGGGGUGCAAAGCCUGUCUGCGGGGCACUGGCCCGGGCGGAUGCACACUGGGACACAAAUGCUGCUGAGAUGGUGAAAGCUGUGUGACACCGCAGGUGCGCAGAGCUGGCUGCUCACAAAAUGCUUUUGCAAAGUGCCGCAGCACUGUGAGGGUUGCAUGGAAGGGGAAUGAGAAAGAUGUCCCCCAAAAUAAGCAGCCAGAGGCUGUGCAGUAGGAGUAGAAUGGAGGCAGCAGAUGAGCACUAUCAGUGUGGUUGCUCACGGCAGAUAACCGACUCACUCCUGACUAAAAAAAAAAAUAAUACACCCAAAUCUAAUAAUAAUAACGGCACUCUCAAGGGCUUGGGUGCUUUCCAGUUCUUACUACUAUAAAACUAAAAUUAGUUUUGUUGCAGAAGCCUCCAGUUAAAAAAAAAAAAAAAGGCAGGAACUUGAGCACUAAAGGAAGGGAAGGUGCUACAGCACAGCAGCAGUGCAGCACCGGGCCCCGUGUAAGGAGGGUUUGUAGAUGGGCUCCCUGCAGCUGCCCCUGCCUGCAUUGUCCUGAGCCCAGGGAGGUGCUUGUGGGAUUUCAUAACUGCUGCAUUGCCCAAGUGUCUGUUUACAGCCUGUUUGUAGAAAGUUCUGAGAAAUAUCAGGGUGGUUUAGGGUGCUGUGAUGUGCAAGAGCUCAGCAGUGCCUGCUGAGAGCAGACCUGGCAUGAGGGAUGAGGCCAAAGGUCCCAUCCUCCUGCCUGCCCUUGGCUGUGAGCAGUGGGGAGGUGAAGGGGCUCGGGCACCCCAGCCCCAAAAGUCCGGGCCCACGAGGGAAAACUUGAUGGAAUGCGUGCACGCUGCAAAUCAAUGCAAAUAGCUGUGCUGAACCUUUAUUCCCUCCCUUCACCCCCCCUCUUUUUCACCCCAUCAGCAUCCCGCCUGCACAGAGGAGCAGGGGAAGUGGCUGACAUUCACUGCUGAUGGCGCAGCGGCUAAGUGUGCUGAGCGUGGGGUUUUUGGAGUGCAGCUGGGCUGCAGCUGGGCUUCACGACCACAGGCUCCUGGAGCAGUUCUGGGGCUGAGCACACCCAUUGCGGCUGUUGCCUGGGGGUGGUUUUGGCUUGCCUGUCACUGUCGUGCAUGUUGCUUGGGGCUGUCCUCUUGGUGACACUGAGUCCACCCUGUGCUGCUGCAGGAGCAUCGCCCAGCCCACAUUGUCCUGUGCCGUGCUGCUGCUGCCUGGGCAGAGAAAUGUGGUUCCAAUAGAAAUACUGAUAUUUCCCUAAUGCUUUCCGUUUCUCCGGCCCUCUCUGCUGUAAUAGGAGCUGGAGCUGUCUGUAAGAAUGUCUACAAUGCAGAAAAGGCAAAAGGAUGGAAAAUUCCCUCCUCAAAGCUACAGCAAAAACUCAUCUGUCUCCCUUCCUUGUCAUCCCAUGCAUUACUUAUUGUUAAUAAUAACAAUGGUGUGCCACAUCUCUCAGGGGGUGGUUUUAGGAUUCUUGUGUCUUCUUGCAGCUUGCCUAUCCGCUGCUGCAGCCUUGCUUCAGCAUCACCCGCAAGGGCAGGAGGCAAGGGUGUUUCACAGAGUUUGAAAACUCAAGAGGUUUGGAAACACAAGAUGUUUAAAACUAUUCCGGUGGUGACAGCUCAAAAUAUGAGUGUUAUGUUAUCCCGGCUCUCCUACAAUGAGUUAUGGGACGUUUCAUUGUGUUUUACUAUACACAUCUCUAUAUGAACGUGCCUGUGUUUGUGUAAUGCUGGCCGGAGCCGGAGGCGUGCGAGGCGCAGCAGCGCUGGCUCUGGCUCUGGCUCGGCUCCGCCUGUCACUUGCAUCAGUCGGGAUCCCAUUUGCUGACAACGGGCUCACUCCCGAUUUGGUAUCUGUGAGGGGGAAAUGGGCCUAACAUCAUUGUUUCCACUUGAUGAAAGCACUGGCAAACAUCGUGUUCCUUAUUUAAACAGGUCCAGAAACUUGCUGGGAAGAAAUCAUUUUUCCCAGUUUAUCAAGACAAAUUAUUUUUCAUCGGUAUUCAAAACCUCAGCCUUCUUCUCUCAAUAAAUAGGGCUACCACAUGUUUUUGUUCUUGGUUAAACAAGGCGUAGCCUCAAACUUGAGGCCCAAGAAGAGGGAAAAAAAAAAAAAAAAGGAUAAAAAGGGAAAAAAAACCCACAGAGGUAAACACAGAGGUUUAGCAACUGCAGGUGGGAGCAGGGUGGGCACAAGCGGAGGCAGCCCUGCCUCCAUGGCUCUGCUCGGCACUGUCUGCGUAGAUCCAUUUCCCUUCUGGUAUAGUUGGGUCUGACCGACCAUCUGCAGAAGUUGAUGCAAUGCAUCUAUAUUUUAGAUACGCUCUAUUUAUUCAAAGUAACUUAUGUUAUUUAUUUAGAUACCAUAGUGUGCCAUCUACGUAAUGCGUUCUUUCUCUCUUUUUUUAAAAAUAUUUUAUUUAUUGAUCCAAAUGGUGCCAAAUGCAGUUUACAUUUAUUACAAUUUUACCAUUUAUUCUAAACAAUGGGAAAAAUACAGUAUGAUUUUUUUUAAACAAACAUAAACUUGGGUGUGAUGCUGUUACAUACUCACGGUAAAGUAAAAAUAAAAGGAGAAUUACACUGA